ACAGCUACAUCAAAUACAAAUCAUCUUUAAAAACCCAUUUCAUUUCUGUGAAUGUCUUGUUAAAUGGUGAAUAAAUCACUCUAAUCGAAAAGGAGACUCUUUUCACUUUCAUCGAUUUCCCCCAACAAUCAGUAGUAUGAAUUUCCGAUUCUCGCGUUCACGUGGAUGGAUUUGCAAGAUGAUUUUCGUGUCUUUUCUCCUAUUGCUUCCGACGGCUGUUUUGGGGGAAUGUACAUGUGAAAUUGAAGAGGAAGAUCGGAAUAAAAGCUUAUCACUCAAAUAUAAGUUAGCUGCUAUUGCUUCAAUUCUCUUUGCGAGUGCAAUUGGGGUUUGUCUUCCUGUACUAAGCAAGACAAUACCAGCUUUGAGUCCAGAGAGGAACUUCUUCUUCAUCACGAAGGCAUUUGCUGCCGGAGUAAUUUUGUCGACAGGUUUCAUACAUGUUCUCCCUGAUGCUUUUGAAAAUUUAACAUCACCGUGUAUUAGCGAGCACCCGUGGGGAGAUUUUCCGUUCACGGGCUUUGUUGCAAUGGUUUCCGCCAUUGGGACUCUUAUGGUGGAUUCAUAUGCAACAGCCUAUUACAGGAAGGAAUCGAAUAGCAAGGCACAUUUAGCUAUUGGCGAUAAAGAAGGAGUAAUCCCGGUUCAUACUCAUGGAUCAAUAUCAAUGGAAACCUAUUCUGGUGAUACAGAACUUCUCCGUCAUCGUGUAAUCUCGCAGGUGCUGGAGUUGGGAAUUAUUGUUCAUUCUGUAAUUAUUGGAAUUGCUUUAGGCGCUUCGGAAAGUCCUAAAACAAUAAAGCCUCUAAUUGCUGCUUUAACUUUCCAUCAGUUCUUUGAAGGCAUUGGACUAGGAGGAUGCAUAGCCCAGGCUAAGUUUAAGUCAAGGACAGUUGCAACAAUGGCCAUCUUCUUCUCUCUCACAACCCCAGUUGGCAUUUUGAUAGGUAUUGGAAUAAGCAACAUUUAUAGUGAGACGAGUCCCACUGCUCUUAUUGUUGAGGGGAUUUUUAAUUCAGCAUCGGCCGGGAUCUUGAUCUACAUGGCACUCGUAGAUCUUCUUUCAGCCGACUUUAUGAGUCCAAAAAUGCAAAGCAAUGGAAAGCUUCAGUUAGGAGCAAAUGUCUCUCUUCUUCUAGGCGCUGGAUGUAUGUCUCUCUUGGCCAAAUGGGCUUGAGACACAAAUGUUUUGUUCAUCCCCUUUCUUGUUUUUCAUAAUAUCAAUAUUGCUCUCUUUUUUUCUUUAACAAAAAUGUCCAAAUUUCUAGCAUGUUUGAAGUUUUUUCUUCGGUUACAUUUCGUAUCGGUUGGUUGGAUAUGCAAAAAACUCUGGUUAAUACAUGUUUUUUCAGUGGAGUGCAGGCUAAGCCUAUGUGCCUGAUGAAAUAAAAUCGCUAUUUCGUUUAAGAUUCCUUUAA